UACUCGGGCCAGGCGACCUUCUACUCGCAGGGCGGCGCUGCGGGCUCGUGCGGCAACUACGCGUCGGACUCGGACUACGUCGUCGCCGUCAACGCCGCCCAGAUGAACUCGGGCUGGUGCGGCCGCAAGGUCGUCGUCACCAACACGGCCAACGGCAAGACCAUGUCGGCUACCGUCGCCGACACGUGCCCGGGCUGCUCGUACGGCUCGCUCGACCUGUCGACCGGUGCUUUCGGCGCCAUCGGCUCGUACGACACCGGCGUGCUUCCUAUCAAGUGGAGCUUCUCCUCGUGA